GGUCCCUGUGUGUAAGCAUUUGGUGAAGAGCUGGGCCAAAGUGAAAUAUAUAGAAAGGGGAAUAAAUCAGAGUAAUUUGCGAAGCAUUUCAAUAGGCUGGCUCGGUUCCAACUUCUCUCUGCGUGGAGAGAAGCUAUGGAGGAGGGAGACGUCGAUAUGGUGGCGGCGGAUAGCGGUGCUGAGCUAGGCGAUAUGAAGAAGAGACUAAAGGAGAUGGAGGAUGAAGCUGCUGCUUUGCGAGAAAUGCAGGCCAAAGUCGAGAAGGAAAUGGGUGCUACUGCAACUCAAGAUCCUGCUACUGCUACAGCAAAUCAGGCAAAUAGGGAGGAAGUAGAUGCUCGAUCAGUUUUCGUUGGAAAUGUGGACUAUUCUUGUACUCCUGAGGAAGUUCAGCAACACUUUCAGGCUUGUGGGACUGUGAAUAGAGUCACUAUUCGGAGCAACAAGUUUGGGCAACCAAAGGGAUAUGCCUAUGUGGAGUUUGUUGAACCAGAAGCCGUUCAGGAGGCCAUUCUUCUUAAUGAAUCUGAGCUUCAUGGCCGCCAAUUGAAGGUAUCAGCAAAGCGGACCAACAUUCCUGGUAUGAAGGUGUUUCGUGCUCGGCGUCCAAACCCGUAUAUGGGCUAUCGGUCCAGGAUUCCGUACAUGGCUGCCCCCUUCUUUGCUCCCUAUGGAUAUGGGAAAGUUCCGAGGUUCCGAAUGGCAAUGCGGUACAGCCCCUAUUAUUGAGAGUCCAUUGGGUAAAUUUCUAAGGUAUGAAGUUACUUUUAGGGGGUGUUGAGUUGAUUUAUUUAGUGAAACAUAUUAUGAAUGUGAGCCCUAGUUUGUCUGAAUGUUUCUAAAUGCAUGCAUGCUUCUUCAAGUUCAGGUAUGUUUUGAGCUUCUUUAUCCUA